AAAAUCUUCAGCAUAUUACUUUACCUCCCUCGAAGCUCUUUGAAUCGGGUAGGUUGAAUAUAUAGGACGUUGAGAUGUUGAGGAAAGGAAGCAAAGUUUCUGGUAGAGGAGAGACGGGUGCACCAAAUUAUGCUUUUGGCCCAGCUGAAGAUGAUGUUAUUUUAAAACACAGACUUCUGACCCAUACCACGACUACGAGAGGUGAACCGCCAUUGAAGAAGCUUCAAAGGAAGUUCAUCUCAUUUGUGUUAGAGGUUGAAAAGGAUGAAGGUAACUGUAACGAUUUUGCAAAACUUUCCAAGGAUUUCUUGCGAGAGUUGUCUGCAUUUGAAAUUCCAAUACUGAAGGGUAAGGGUAAGGCUGUUAUUGAUGCAAACCUUAGAGAAAAGGAGAGCUUCAUUGCGUUGAAAGAUGAGAUAAAUAUGCAGAUAUUGUUUGCACGGACUGUCAUAGAAGAUCUAAAGAAACAACUAGAGGAAACUAAGUUUGAGAGGCAGCACAAGGAGGAGUGUGAAGCGAUUACAAAACUGGUCUCUUCACAACCACCAAGAUCAGAUACAGAGAAAAGCAUCAGAGAGAGAGAAGGAGAUUGCACCGCUGGUGGCAGAGGAUACUGCUGGUUCAAGGUUACUGGAGUUUCGAAAAAAACAGUUUGCAUUGCUGCUUCAUGUGGUGGAUGAGUUGCAAAAUACCAUAGAGGAGGAACAAAACAGUUUGAUUGACUAGAUGAUAAUGGUGACUGAAAAGCAGAAGAGUGGGAUGGAAGAUGCCAGUGGGGGCUCUGAAGCCAUGGCUGUUGAGUAGCUUGGAGCUACAUCCAAGCUUUGCACUUGUAAGGUUUUGUAAUUUUAAAUCGUGAUUGUUUCCAUCGAAAUAAUCUUAAAACUUUGUUUGUG